AUGUCGGAUCCGGUAAAGAGUGAUACAAAAACAAACGGUUUCCAUAAACCAACCAAUGGCCAUCAUACGGAGGAGCUGAAAAUUGCCAUCAUCGGGCAGAGUAACUUCGCGGCGGAGGUGCUCGAGGUGCUGCUCGAGCGAGACCACCUGGUGGUCGGUGUGUUUACCAUCGCCGACAAAGGCAAUCGCGAAGACACACUGGCAACGACCGCCCGCCACCAUCGCAUACCGGUGUUCAAAUUUGCUGCCUGGCGUCGCAAAGGUACUCCCCUACCGGAGGUGCUCGAGCAAUACCGCUCGGUCGGGGCAAACCUCAAUGUGCUGCCGUUCUGCAGCCAGUUCAUCCCGAUGGAGGUGAUCGAUGGGGCCGCAUUCGGUAGCAUCUGUUACCAUCCUUCGAUUUUACCCCUGCACCGGGGCGCCAGUGCCAUCUCCUGGACACUGAUCGAGGGUGACGAGCGGGCCGGGUUUUCCAUCUUCUGGGCGGACGAUGGACUGGACACGGGGCCCAUUCUGCUGCAGAAGCAGUGUCCCGUCCUUGGGGACGACACACUCGACACGCUGUACAAACGGUUCCUCUACCCGGCAGGUGUUACGGCAAUGGCGGAAGCGGUGGACAUGAUCGCUGCCGGCACUGCACCCAAGAUACCGCAGACGGAGAUCGGGGCCAGCUACGAUCCGGCCCUGUUCCGCGAGGAGAACCAGCACAUCAAUCUCCACCAGCCGGCCGCGCGGAUAUUCAACUUCAUCCGCGGAUUGGACUCCGUUCCGGGUGCGUUAGCAACGGUGGUGAUGGACCAUGGUGUGUACGUACCGGUUCGGCUGUACGGCGCGUCACUCAGUGCGAGAAAAAGCAUGACCAAUGCUAAGUUGAUUCGAUUCAAAGGGGCCGCUGGACCGGCGUUUGUAACGCGGGAAGGCAUUUUCAUCACCGGAACGGAUGGCGCAUUGGUGCGAGUGAAGCGUCUCAAGCGCGGCAAUCGUGUUAUUCCCGCUGGGCAAUGGUUUGAGCAGUCGGCCAAAGUGAUACCGCUGGAGCUGAACGAGAAGGAGCGGAAACAGGACACGCUGCUCCGCAACAUUUGGAAAUCGAUCCUGCAGGUGGAGAUAGAGACGGAAACGGACUUUUUCGCCUGCGGUGCCGGUUCGAUGGACGUUGUGCGUCUGGUGGAGGAGGUGAAGGACACCCUGGAGGUACCGAUCAGCAAUGAAACACUCUUUAUGGCUCCGAUGUACGGGGAGUUUCUACAGGAGGUCGUUCGUCGGUUGCGCACCGGUGGUAGUGAUCGUGGCGCAAAUAUCGGAUGCGAUUACAAGCACGUGGUGUUCAAAGCGAACCGCCGUCAAAUCUCCGUUCCGACGCAAAUGUUCAUCAAUGGACGGUUCGUCGAUGCGGAAGAUGGCAAAACGAUAGCGAUCGUGAAUCCCACCAACGAGCAGGUGAUCUGCGAGGUGGCCAGCGCUUCGAAAUCGGAUGUUAAUGAGGCAGUACUCGCAGCCGACGAAGCGUUCCGGGGCGUGUGGACAUCUGUAUCGGCACGCGAGCGAGGUCAGCUAAUGUACAAGCUGGCGGACCUGAUGGAACAGCACAAAGAGGAGCUUGCGACAAUUGAAGCUAUCGAUUCGGGUGCAGUUUACACGCUGGCGCUCAAAACCCACGUUGGUAUGUCGAUCGAUGCGUGGCGCUACUACGCCGGCUGGGCGGAUAAGAUCGAGGGCACCACCAUUCCGGUGAAUCCCGCCCGUCCCAAUUAUGUGCUGACGUUCACGAAAAAGGAACCGAUCGGUGUGUGCGCUUUGGUUACGCCCUGGAACUAUCCCUUGAUGAUGCUGUCGUGGAAGAUGGCCGCGUGUAUAGCAGCCGGCAACACGGUCAUUAUAAAACCCGCCCAAGUUUGCCCCCUGACAGCGCUCAAGUUCGCAGAGCUGGCGGUGCGCGCUGGCUUCCCACCCGGUGUGAUCAAUGUCGUCACCGGUACGGGAUCACUCGCCGGCCAAGCACUCGCCGACCAUCCACUGGUGCGCAAGCUGGGCUUCACUGGGUCCACUCCGAUCGGUAAGCGCAUCAUGGCAUCCUGUGCCGAAUCGAACAUCAAGAAAUGCUCGAUGGAGCUGGGCGGCAAGUCUCCGCUGGUCAUCUUCGCGGACUGUGACCUCGAGAAGGCGGUAAGGCUCGGCAUGUCGGCCGUGUUUUUCAACAAGGGUGAAAACUGUAUCGCCGCUGGUCGGCUGUUUGUUGAGGACCGCAUCCACGACGAGUUUGUGCGCAAGGUGAUCAAAGGCAUAAGGACGAUGAAGGUGGGCGAUCCACUCGAUCGAGCGACUGCCCACGGACCGCAAAACCAUCGGGCGCACUUUGAGAAGCUGCAGGAGUACUGUACUAUCGGUGUGAAAGAGGGUGCCACCUUGGUGUACGGUGGGAAGCGUGUGCCCAACAUGGACGGAUUCUUCUUCGAACCGACCGUCUUUACGAACGUCGAGGAUCACAUGUACAUAGCGCGGGAAGAAUCGUUUGGCCCGAUCAUGAUCAUUUCCCCGUUCCAUGCGAGUGAUUUUGAAGCGCUGGUCGCGCGUGCCAACAAUACCGAGUACGGGCUGGCCAGUGGCGUUUUUACCAAGGAUAUCCAGAAGGCACUGCUGUUUGCGGAAAAGGUCGACGCCGGUACGGUGUUUGUGAACACUUACAAUAAAACGGACGUGGCGGCUCCGUUCGGUGGCUUCAAGCAGAGUGGAUUUGGAAAGGAUUUGGGUAAGGAAGCUUUAAACGAAUACCUCAAAACUAAGUGUGUGACUGUAGAGUACUAA